GAGACUCAUGGAGUCAUGGUUGACGUCGUGUGGCAGGAAAACAAGAGACUAAUAUUUGACUUAAAACAAGCGCAAGUGCGAAAUCAAACAAGUGUUAAUAAUUUCAAAAGUGAAAUUAGGUCCUGGUGCCUGCCGAUCUGCAGAGAGCUGUCCUAUUUUUGCUGCUUUCUUACUUGUCGUUAUUACCUAUCGGCUGACUGGAUUGGAUCAUCUCAUCAAAGGUGUUCUUCAAUGUACCCCUUCUUGUGUGGGCUAGCCAGCAACAUAAGCAAGGCUGUGGAGAGCGAGACCCUUCACCCACCCAUGUCCGAUUCCAUUACCCGACCCGUCGGCAACACCGAGUUAACCUGGUGCAAAGCCGUUCCUGGUGGCACCGGAGUCACCGUCCUGGGUCUCCUCUUCUCCAAACCCCCAAAUAUCCCAUUUCUUCAAACUGCACUUCGGAACCUCCAAAAUUCCCACCCUAUCCUCCGAUCCAGGAUCCACCAAGAUCCCUCCGAUAAUACCUAUCAUUUCCUAAUCCCCACAAAUCCUCACAUCGAAAUCACAUCAUUUGAUCUCCAAUCCACGUCCCGCAUAAUCGCAAACGAUUCUGACGACCACAAUAUCAACAGUGCCCUACACUUAAUCGUCGAGCACGAGCUCAGUCAGAACCCUUGGCAUGACCCUAGUGACUCAUUGACGCCGGCAGACACCGACGUCUUCUUUGCGAGUACCUACACGAUAAAUGACCGCUACUGGGCCGUUUUCCUCCGGUUACACACGGCGGCAUGCGACCGUACGGCAGCGAUGGCUGUGCUCAGGGAACUGCUGGCGCUAUUGGAAGGGAAACGGACGGCAGCGGUGUUGGGGAAUGAAGAUCAUAUCGGGAUGCCGAUUGAGGAUCUUGUCCCUAAAGGGAAGGCCAACAAACCCUUUUGGGCGCGUGGAGUGGACGUGCUUGGUUACUCCUUGAACGCGCUGAGGGUCGCGAAUUUGAGUUUCGUCGAAGCAAAUCCACCUAAAUGCACCAAGUUCGUGAAGUUUCAGCUGAACAAGGACGAAACAGGGAGGCUAAUUGCCGGAUGCAAAUCAAGAGGAAUAAAGCUUUGUGGGGCAAUUGCAGCUGCUGGAAUGAGCGCCGUUUGGAUCUCCAAACACCUUCCUGAUGACCAAAGAGAGAAGUAUGCUGUCGUAACUCUCAUUGAUUGUCGUUCCGACCUUGACCCUGUUCUCACCAGCAACCACCUUGGAUUUUAUCAUUCUGGAAUCUUAAACACACACGAUGUGUGUGGAGAACGGCUAUGGGAAUUGGCGAAGAGAAGCUACACAGCCUUUGAGAACGCCAAGAACAAAAAGAAGCAUUUUACGGACAUGUCUGACCUGAAUUUCCUCAUGAACAAGGCCAUCGAAAACCCUGGUUUGACACCAUCAUCUUCUCUAAGAACGGCAUUGAUGUCAGUGUUUGAAGAACCUGUCAUCGAUGAUUCAAAUGAAUUAAUGCAUCAACCCCUUGGAUUGGAAGAUUAUGUAUGUUGCCCUUCUGUGCAUGGAGUGAGUCCAUCCAUUGCCAUAUUCGACACUAUACGAGAUGGAAGCUUGAACUGUGUGUGUGUAUAUCCAUCGCCCCUGCAUUCCAGGGAGCAGAUGCAAGACUUGGUCGAUCAUAUGAAGAGACUUCUCGUGGAUGGUUGUAACGAUGAAGAUCAGUGAGAUGGAGCUAUUGUACGCUUUCUGUGUUAGUGAUGGUUAUAUUAUUGAAUAUUGAUCCAUUCAUGGGUCAUCUCUUUCUGGCUGUUUGUAAUUCAGUGUAUCGAUUAGGCUCACCACCGUCUGUUCAGAGUGUGCACUGGUCACAGAAAAUAAAAAUGCAAUCUAUUUAUUGCAUGGACUAUGGGAAACAAUUGUAACUGUGAGUAAGGACAAUGGAAAUCUUGGCCUUCAGAAAAUCUGGUUUCGUUCAGAA